AUGGCUGCGCAAUCGCUGCCGUCGCUGCUGCAGCGGGCCACCAUUGACGACGACGAAGAAGUGCUUCGGUCCUGCAACGCCGCUCUCGCCAAAUCGAAGUCCGAUCUGAACGCGCAGCAUGUCAAAGCUGUGGCCCUGCUCAAACUCGACCGGUACGAAGACUCGCUGCGGGUAUUUGCAGCCGCAGGUGAUGCGCUGAAGGAGAGAGCGGGCUUGGAAUAUGCAUAUGCCUUAUACAAGUGUGGCAAGCUGGAUGAGGCUGCCGAAGCGGUGGCUCGCUCAGGUGCCGGUAGAGGUGCUAGUCAUCUCGACGCGCAAGUGAGCUACCGUGCUGAGAAAUUUCGCCGCACCGCAGAAAUCUACAAUACUCUGUCGCAGGAUCGGGAAUCGUUCAGCAACGAGGCGAACGAUUUGAGUAUCAACUCGUGGGCCACUGAUGCGCAACUACACUGGAAGGGAGAAUCUGGAUCCGCGCGCAACGCUCGUCUUUCACGGGAGGACCUGGAGUCUUUCGAGACGGUUUACAAUGCUGCUUGCUCGAAUAUUGCCAAGGGGGAUUUCAAGUCGGGGGAAUUGCUCAUUAAGCGGGCGAAAGAGAUCUGCCGGACAUCGGAGGAGCUUGCGCCGGAGGAUAAGGCUGCUGAGUUGAUGCCAAUUGCGAUCCAGCAUCUAUAUGUUUUGCUGCGACAAGGGAAGACGGAAGAGGCCGAGUCGGUUCUCCAAGAAAUUGCGGUAGACAAUGUCUCGGAACUCUCGACAAAGCGGAUCGCUCAGAACAACAUUGUCCUGGCGCGGCAGACAACACUCAACCCUUACAUCCUCUACAAGGCCCUUCACGACACCCCCGAUGCCAUUGAUAACGACCGGCCGUUCGAGUACCAGAACAAUAUUCUGGUGGGCAAUUCUCAUGCGGCAGAUCUACUUGUCCAGAAGUACGAUGGCAUGAUCCGGUCCACAGCCAAGACCCUCUCACGCAGCCCCUACCCUUCCACCGCGGCCAUCACCAAUCUCCUCUCCGUCUACAAUGCCGCCGCCCACGCACAAGGCCAGACCGGCGCUCCAGCCCUGAAACAGAUUCUUCCCUUGCUGGAGAGACGGCCCAAGGACCUGGGCCUGCUCCUCACCGUCGUCCAGCUUUACGUCAGCGCCGGCAACACCACCUCCGCCAUCGCCAUCAUGGAGCGCUCGCUCCACAGCCUCGAAGACUCCAUCGCCGAAGCAGACCAAGAAGCCCGCUUCAACCCGGGCUUGCUGAGCGUCCUUGUAUCCUUGUACCAGCUUGAGGGCCGCAAGGUCCAGAUCCGCUCCGCCCUCGCCCAGGCCGCGGCCUACUGGCGCUCCAAGCCCGAGCCCCCCGUCUCCCUCCUUCGCGCCGCCGCCGCAUCCCUCUUGAACUCCGAGGACCGUGCCGACCUGGCCACAGCGGGCGACCUCUUCCACUCACUGCACAAGCAAGAACCCAGCGACCGCGUCGCCAUCGCCGGCUAUGUCGCCUCGCAGGCUACGCUAGACUACUCGCAGGUGGAAUCGCAACUGGACCGCCUCCCCGCCGUGGCCGACCUAAUUGGCGACAUCGACGUCUCCGCCCUGGAAUCUGCUGGAAUAGCCCCCUCCGCCUCGUCUGCUGCCGCUGCAGUCGCCGCAUUCGCAGGAGCCCGCAAACGCGCCGCAGCGGACAAAGAAGGCCGCGCGUCCAAACGCGUCCGCAAAUCCCGUCUGCCGAAGGACUACGACGCGGCCAAGAAGCCUGACCCGGAGCGCUGGUUGCCUCUGCGCGAUCGCUCGUCCUACCGCCCCAAGGGAAGGAAGGGUAAGCAGCGCGCCGCGGAGCGGACGCAGGGUGGUGUCGUUUCGGAGAAAGCUGAGGACUUGUCUGCUGCCGCGGCUGCGAAGCCUUCUGCUGGAGGUGGAGGCGGUGGUGGAAACUCGAAGAAGAACAAGAAGAAGGGGAAGCGAUGA